AUGUCGUCGAAAAUGGAUUUAUCGGCAACAUCGAAAAGUGGACAAGUUUUAACUGAAAAAAACUAUGUGCCAAACAGCAUCGCAUCUUCUCGCGUAUUUGCCUCUUGUCCAGAAGAGGAAAUUGUUAUCAGUGGUAUUUCAGGACGUUAUCCCAAUUGUGAGAAUGUUGAAGAGUUUCGCAAUCAUUUGUAUAACAAGAUUGAUAUGAUAACUGAUGAGGAAAUGCGUUGGAAUCAUGAUGUGAGCCAAGAAGUGCCGAAACGAAAAGGUGUCUUGAAAAACAUUAAUAAAUUUGACGCCGCUUUCUUCGGCAUUCAUAGUAAGCAAGCCCAGCAUAUAGAUCCACAAGCUCGUAAAUUAAUUGAAACUGCAUACGAAGCAAUACUUGAUGCUGGUAUUCAUCCGCAAGCAUUACGCGAUACAAAAACUGGUGUUUUUGUUGGAGUUUGCUUUUCAGAAGCAGAAAAAAGCAUUGUCUAUGAGACAAUAUCAAGUAAAGAUGGUGGCACUGGUUUGGCCGGUUGUUCUCGAGCUAUGGUUGCCAAUAGGUUAUCUUAUUGCUUAAAUUUAAAAGGACCUUCAUUCACCGUCGAUACCGCAUGCAGCAGUUCAAUGUAUGCACUUGAUCAAGCUUUCACUGCAAUGCGAACUGGUCAAUGUGAUAAUGCGUUGGUUUGUGGUAGUAAUCUUUUAUUACAUCCGUACACCACGAUCAGUUUCUAUCGUUUGGGUGUGAUUUCAAAAGAUGGCUCUUGUCGACCAUUUGACGAAGACGGAGUUGGUUAUGUACGUUCGGAAGCAAUUUGUUCAAUAUUUUUGACAAAAGCUGGUAAUGCAAAACGUAUUUAUGCGAAAGUCAUCUAUUCCGACACCAAUUGUGAUGGUUUUAAGAACGAAGGUAUUCUUUAUCCGUCGGGUGAAAUGCAAUACGAGUUGAUCACCAAUUUUUAUAAAAACCUCAACCUUGAUCCGUUUACGGUGUCGUAUGUAGAAGCCCAUGGAACUGGAACGAAGGUGGGUGAUCCUGAAGAAUGUGGAACUAUUGAUAAAGUCUUUUGUAAAAACCGCAAAGAGCCAUUGCUGAUUGGUUCUGUUAAAUCAAAUAUGGGUCACAGUGAAGCUACCUCGGGACUUUGCUCCAUAUCAAAAGUUAUUUUAGCUCUGGAAUCUGGAAUAGUGCCUCCAAAUUUGAAUUUUGUUAAUCCAAAGAAAAAUAUUCCUGCCCUUGUCGAAGGUCGCUUGAAAGUAUGCUCGGAACCAACACCACUUCCGGGCAAUUUAGUGGCAACAAAUUCGUUUGGUUUUGGUGGUGCAAAUGCUCAUGUACUUUUUGGAGGAUUUGAAAAAGAAAAGGUAAAUUGUGGCAUACCAAGUGAUUCAUGUUCACGAUUAGUAUUAUGGGCAGCGCGUACUAAAGAAGGAGUGGAAAAACUCUUUGAUAAUCUUGAGACAAAGCCACUCGAUGCUGAAUUCAUAUCGCUUUUACAUAACAUUCAAAAGUAUGAACAGGCUGGAUUUCUAUAUCGUGGAUAUAGCAUUUUGGAAAAGAAUGACGCCAACAAUAAUAAUACAGCUAUGUGUAAGAGCCGUAUGAUCGACCGUUUUGAUGCAACUAAACGGCCAAUUGUAUGGAUGUUUUCUGGUAUGGGAUCACAAUGGACUGGAAUGGCCACAUCAAUGAUGCAAAUUGACUUGUUUCGUGAAACCAUUUACCAAUGUCACGAAAUAUUGAAACCAUUCGGUUUGGAUUUAAUAUCAAUCGUCACUUCCACUGAUAACACUACAUUUGAUAACAUCAUAAACUCAUUUGUUGGAAUUGCUUCAAUUCAAAUUGCAAUUGUAAACAUACUGAGAGCACUGCAGAUACCAUUCGAUUACUGCAUCGGACACUCUGUAGGCGAACUCGGAUGUGCCUAUGCUGAUGGUACCAUAACUGCUGAACAAAUGAUUCUGGCGGCGAUGGCACGCGGUGUCGUCAGUUUCGAAACAAAAGUUAUUUGCGGAUCGAUGGCUGCUGUUGGACUGAGCUACGAAGAAGUCAAAGACAUGCUACCGGAAGGCAUUGAAGUUGCUUGUCACAACAGCUGUAAUUCGGCAACAUUAUCUGGACCAAAGGAAGACGUUACAAA